UGGCAGACAGUCAGGUGGAAGAGACAGCAGGUGAAACUAAUGCAGAGGCUGCUGCUGAGAGGAAGAGUGAGAGGCACCCAGCAAGAGACAGGCAGCAGAGAGGAGAGGGAGAGUGACAGUGUCUCAGGCUGAGAGACCCUCCUCCUACCUGCUCUCACACAGGCAGCUUAUUACCUGCAGUAGUCAGGACAUGUAGGGGCACAUUGGUCUUCAGACUGGAUGUGAUGAUUAAACACAGAGUCUCUGCCUCUCACUUAUUCUGGGGUUAAGAGCCCAGUCCUCAUUCCCCACUGCACUCUGCACAGCAGGCCCCCUCUCUGCGGACCCGGGCAGGGCACCAUGCCUCAGCACUCUGUUGUUACAAGCAAACCGACUUCUCCUGGGUUAACUGCAACAUGCAAUUGCUGGGAUAUACUCUGAGCUCUGCUCUCAAUUUUUCAUAACUUUUUAUGGAUCAGCCUUUUGAGUAGACCAUGCACAGGCACUCCCGGAGGUGGAUUUUCUAUGUGUUUCUCUGCUUUGGGAUCAUCUAUAUGAAAUUAGGAGCUUUGUCAUCUGUGGUGGCUUUGGGAGCAAAUAUAAUCUGCAACAAGAUUCCAGGGUUGGCGCCUCGGCAAAGAGCCAUCUGCGAGAGCCGCCCAGAUGCCAUUAUAGUUAUUGGAGAAGGGGCACAGAUGGGGAUCAAUGAAUGCCAGUAUCAGUUCCGGUACUCACGAUGGAACUGCUCAGCACUUGGAGAAAGGACGGUGUUCGGACAAGAGCUACGAGUAGGUAGCAGGGAAGCGGCAUUCACCUACGCCAUUACUGCCGCUGGAGUAGCGCACGCAGUGACCUCCGCCUGCAGCCAGGGGAACUUCAGUAACUGUGGCUGUGAUCGAGAGAAGCAGGGCUACUAUAACCAAGAGGAAGGCUGGAAAUGGGGGGGAUGCUCCGCUGACAUCAAAUAUGGAAUCGAAUUCUCCAGGAAGUUUGUGGACGCCAGAGAGAUAAGGAAGAAUGCGCGGCGGCUGAUGAACUUGCAUAACAACGAGGCCGGCAGAAAGGUACUAGAAGAGCAAAUGAAACUAGAGUGUAAGUGUCACGGUGUGUCCGGUUCCUGCACGACCAAGACCUGCUGGAACACGUUGCCCAAGUUCCGGGACAUCGGAUUCACUUUAAAGGAGAAAUACAACGAUGCGGUACACGUGGAAGUGGUGAGGGCCAACCGGCUGCGCCAACCCACUUUCCUCAAGAUCAAAAAAAUAAAAAACUACCAGAAACCCAUGGAAACGGAUCUGGUGUACAUCGAACGUUCCCCCAACUACUGCGAGGAAGACAGCCAGACGGGGAGCGUGGGGACGGCGGGGCGGCUGUGUAACCGCACCUCCCAGCACGUAGACGGUUGCGACUUGAUGUGCUGCGGCAGAGGCUACAACACUCACCAGUACACCAAAGUGUGGCAGUGCAACUGUAAAUUCCACUGGUGCUGUUUCGUCAAAUGCAACACUUGCAGCGAAAGGACAGAAGUUUUUACCUGCAAAUAAAGCACGCCGGUGCCGAUCAAACCAGAAAACAUUACAGGACCACUAUGGCGCCAUUUUGCACACUUAAUUUUCUUUUAUUAAGAAAAUUGCACCCUUUUCUGAAAAGCAGGGAGGGAAUGCUUCGUCCGGAACGGAUUUGCUACUCUUCCCGGGAGCAUUGCACCUUUAUACGCUGGAGGGUUUAUUGUAGAUACUUUUAAAUUAUACAUAUUACAGAAGUCUAAAAGAACAGAGAGAGAGAGAGAGAGAGAGAGAAAUAACGACGUUAUAUUAUGAGAACUGUAGGACUGCUGCGGAGGGGACCAAACAGAGUAAACUAAUACAAGUCUCAACUAUCAGUUAAAAUAAGUACUAUUUGUAUCACCUGCCAGUCACACUGGAAUUAUUUUAAUGAACAUAAAAAAAAAUAUUAUUAAUUUAUGUUUUAAUAGUAUGAACAAAUUCUGAGCACUAACGGGUAGCUUGUGUCUUAAUUCUCGACUACGUGUUAAACAUAGUUGUCUUAACGUACGGUGCAUUUUUGUAAAUGUUUUUAUUUUUUUAUUUUUUUUCUAACUAUUUUCCGUGCUACUGAGCUCUUGAUAGAGGGGUCCUAAACUUUUGUAUUUUAUUUUAUUAUUAUUUUGUAAUGGAACAGAAUUUAAGUAUUGAGCUUGCAUCGGCCCGUGCUAGAUAGCACAGUCGCUGAUCAAUAAAACGAGGAGCUGGGUUGACUUAAUAUUAUUGAAUUAGACGUUACACCUUCCGUAUCCCUCGUCGUCUUUUCAGUCGUCUGUCCAAAAUAGACCUCAGCUGCUGCAGGGUUCCCUGUGCAGAAUGAAGCCACCAGGAAUGGUAUAUAACACAACUACCUACGUACUGUAUAAUGCUCGCUAUUUGUUCAAUAAAUGUUUACUUUGUAGUUA